AUGCAAGGACAGGACUUCGUGUGGCACCCUUACUUCGGAUCCUUUGUUAUCCAGUUCGUGUUCGAAACGACCACUUGUCUCCUUUCCGGGUUCUCUCUUCCCGCGGACGACCGCUACAGGAACAUUCCACUAAGUAUCAGCUCCGCAAGAGCUCUGGCGUCCCUCGUCCUCGUCAUAGACGCUUUUCUGAUUCUCGUACGGAAGCUGCGCGAAAAGGCCACGGAUGACGAAGAGCAAUCAUUGCUCGGAGCGGAAGCGAACGGUUCCGCAGCACCAAACGGAAAUUCAGGCUAUGGCUCCAUCGCGCAGGCUUCCUCGGGCGAUGACGACGAAGAGUCAGUGGACCCCAACAAGGAAAUCAAGGAGCAACGGGACAAGCGCCUUGAGGAGCAAGGUGGUUGGGUCGGCUACCUUAAGAGCUUCGCCGUAUUCCUACCCUAUCUUUGGCCCAAGGAUGACUGGAGAGUGAUGCUCUGCCUCUUCCUACGCUUUCUUCAUCUCGUUCAAGGACGUUUCUUAAACCUGCUGGAGCCCCGUCAACUGGGAAUCAUUACGAACAAGCUGACGUAUGGGGCACAUACCAUGCCUUGGAAAGAGCUUGGACUAUGGAUGCUGUAUCGCUGGAUAAACAGCUAUGGUGGCUUUGGCAUCCUCGACGGCUUUGCCGAGCAAGUGAUUUCCAACUCAGCCUACGAGCGCAUCACCCUACUGGCCUAUAAGCACCUUAUGAGCCUUUCAAUGGAUUUCCACACUGCCAAGGAUUCCGGAGAAGUCUUGAAAGCUGUCGAGCAAGCUUCAGCGCUGAACUCGCUUAUUGAGCUGGUGCUCUUCGAACUGUUCCCGAUCAUUGUGGAUUUGGUCAUUGCCAUGUACUACGUCACCCACUUGUUCGACGCCUACAUGGCCUUCAUUAUCUUGUUUAUGGGGGUGGCAUACGUCUGGCUUGGAUUUAUCUUCACGACUUUGUCACAACCUCGUCGCAGAGCCUACGUGGAGAAGCAGCGGACGGAGAAUACGACUGUCAAUGAGACGGUGCAUAACUGGCAAACCGUGGCUUACUUCAACCGGUCUUCCUACGAACAAGAACGGUACCGGGAGAACAUUCGAAGCACGAUCCUCGCACAUUACGCGUAUUAUUUCCGAUCGAUGGGAGGCCACGCUGCGCAAGACCUGUUGAUGACCUUUGGGUUCACGGCGUGCUGCGCCUUUGCUAUCUCACGAAUCAUCACCGGAGAGAAGCCUGUUGGAAAUCUCAUCACCUUCAUCAUGUACUGGGGAACUAUGAUGAGUCCUCUUUACAUGAUGUCCUACAGCUACAGACACAUCUCGUCCAGCCUCAUCGACGCCGAGCGCCUUCUCCAGCUCCUCAAGACGAAGCCCACCGUCGCCGAUCAUGAAAAUGCCCGAGACUUAGUCGUCAAAGAGGGAAAGGUCGAAUUCAAAGACGUGGAGUUUUCGUACGACACUCGGAAGCAGAUCAUCAAGAACGUCAACUUCGCAGCCGAAGGAGGCCAAACCGUUGCGUUCGUAGGGGAAACGGGCGGGGGAAAGUCAACCAUGCUGAAGCUGCUCUUCCGCUUCUACGAUGUCACGAAUGGAUCUAUCAUGAUCGACGGGCAAGACCUGCGUUCGAUUACACUCUCUAGUCUCCGUGAAUCUCUCGGUCUCGUUCCUCAGGAUCCGGCACUCUUCAAUCAGACGAUUCGCCAAAACGUGCGCUAUGCCCGCCUCGAUGCCACCGAUGAGGAAAUCGAAGAUGCGUGUCGCGCAGCAGCCAUACAUGACGAUAUCAUGUCAUUCCCGGACAAGUACAAUUCCAAAGUCGGUGAGCGUGGCGUUCGUCUCUCAGGUGGACAAUUACAGCGCAUCGCCAUUGCGCGCGUUCUCUUGAAGAACCCGAAGAUCGUAAUGCUAGACGAGGCUACUUCGGCCAUCGAUUCGGCCAUCGAAGCGCAGAUCCAGGAGGCAUUCAGAAAACUCAGCAAAGGGCGCACUACCUUUGUGAUCGCACAUCGGCUGAGUACAAUCGUAGAGGCGGAUCAGAUUCUCGUGGUGGAGAAGGGGGAGAUCAUUGAGAGAGGAAGACAUGCGGACUUGCUAGAGCAAGGCGGCAAGUACUGCGAGUUGUGGACCAAGCAGACGGCAGGUGCCCACUCAACUGUGCCAUCCAAGGUGGGAUCCAAGGAGGGAUCGGUCUGCGGCGAUCCAAAAGAACAGCUGCUGAUCGACAUCACGCCGCCUGAAGAAGAUGAGGGUAAGACGACAAGCAGGAAAGGAGACGAGGGCGACGGAGUUGAGAGACGGAGAUAG